AUCACUCUAAACCCAUUUUUUAAUCUAAACCGAAAUUUUAAUACAAGUUGACACUUCCCGCACCGAAAAAUCGCCAACUUGUCUCGAUCUCCCAAAACUAAACCCCAACCCACCUUCUCUGUUCUUCCCCAAACCUCUUUCGCUUUGCAAUAGACAAGGGCCAAGGCAAUAUGAUGGUGCAAGUUAUCGGACAGCAACCCAUUGAGGGUGAGCUGAACGUGUUAAACAUGUCCGGCAAGCAGAUCUUGAAUCUAAUAACUGCAACUCAUGGCCAUGUUCCUGCUGACCAUAAUUUUGAUGCCCACUCUGUUUUCGUUGUCGUCAACAACAUUCUUAAGCGCGCAAUCCGUAUUGUUGACAACGCCUUGCUGGGCCAGGAACACCUGGAGAACCCGGAGGAAAAGGCGUCCAGAGCCAGUUUCGAUCCACUAUUAUGCAUACUCAAACAACUUUCCUUUGAGAUGGCAUCCAAGGCUCCAGGUGUGGAAAUUGCACACAAAACAACGAUGUCAAUAUUUGACAAACUCUCAAGCUACUCAUGGAAUGCUAAAGCAGUACUUACACUUGCGGCUUUUGCUUUGGAUUACGAGAAUUUCUCAGCUCUUGUCCAGCUUCACUCGUCAUACCAACUCGUCGAAUCAGUAGAGAUCACAAAGCAUGUCACCUUAAAGAACCUAGACCUCCAAAAAUACGAAAAAACGAUUGGGGAACUUAACAAGAUUAUCAAUGACACAUUGGACAUCAUGGACUUCAUCUUAAUUGAGUCGAAGAAGCUACCUACUUAUACCAUGGUGGGUGUCUAUUGGAUUAUCAUUACUGUUGUAGCGUGCACAACUCAGAUGCGUUGUCUCACUAGCGAUGAGGUUAAGACACAGGAUCUAUUGCCCUUGGCCCAAAAAAUCUCCUUAGUAGGGAUAUCGAUAGAAAUGUGCCCAUAUGAAACAGAGGAAAUGAAGGCAAGAAGAAAACUAAAACAACUUUUACGAACACCUGACGAAAUCAUGGAGGUUUUCAAGGGGCUGAUUUUCGCCAGAGAUGAUAUGCAAUCUCUUAUUGACGGUUCCACCAACAAAAUGGUUAGCAUUGACAUGCUGAAAAAGAAGAAUGUUCUAUUGUUCAUUUCAAGCUUGGACAUCUCUAAGGAUGAUAUCUCUAUUUUGAUGCCAAUUUAUGACCGAAUAAAGGAGGAUGAAUACCAAUACAAAAUUGUAUGGAUCCCAAUUGUGGAGCAGUGGACCAAUGACAUGCAAAAGAAGUUUGAGAUGUUGCGGUCUAAGAUGCCAUGGUACAUAGUGCAGUACUUUUCACUAGUAGCAGGCAUCAAGUUCAUUAAGGAAGAGUGGCACUUCAACAAUGAGCCUAUUCUCGUCGUAAUGAACCCAGAAGGGGAUGUGGAAAAUGAAAAUGCAUUUGACUUGAUUAGGCAAGAAGGGAUGCAAGCCUUCCCUUUCAAUACUCAAUGGGGCCACACAAGGCCAUGUGCGGUUGUCAUGAGACCACCUGGACCUUACACAAUCGAAAAGUAUACUUUUCACUGUGGAGGAAAGGACAACAGAUGGGUUGAACAAAUUUCCAAGAAGGUAAAUGUUGUAGCUGAGGAUCCAAUCAUAAAGGAAGCAUAUAUUUCCAUAGAAUUGUCUUGCGUUGGAAAUGGCUACAAACAACAACGUUUUUGGAAACACACCAGGACUCAGAAGACUGAAUCCAACUCUCGGAACCAUGAAAUUCAAAAUUUAUUACUUUCCUUCAAGAAUGAGAGUAGGUGGGCUGUGUUGACCAAAUGGUCUACAAUGGUAGUAAGUGAUAAUGGGGCGACAAUUCUAAAGGUCUUGGAGGCGUUUGAAGAAUGGAAAGUGAAUGUGCCUGAGAGAGGCUUCGAAAUUUGCUUCAACGAGUACCAUGGCAAGCUUCUUCAAACUAAUACCCUGCAAUCGAGGAGGCGCACCAUUGGCUUUAGGUGUUAUCACAUUGAUUGUUUUACUAAAUAAUAGAAUGAUUCCCACCAAGUAAUGAUGUACGAGUCUAAGUUUGUAACCAGUGUCACCAAUACUGGGAAGUUUGAUUGUGUAAUGCUACAUAUAUAGUAAAGGGCAUCUUAAUAAUGAUGAUGGUAAUGUGAUGCCAAUGUUAUCGUU